AUGUUGGACAAUCUACAAUCUGCUAGGGACAAAGUAGGGAACGCCCUGGGCCGCGCAGAGAUCCUUUGCCGAAUCAAAAAGACGAAGAAAAUCAGCGAAUUAGACAAGGAUGUGAAGCCUUAUGUGCCCAACUUGAAUGGACCUGUAUAUAGGCGAAAGCUGAUCGGCAUGGAUGGUCCUAGACCGUACUAUGUAUCGGAGUUGAAAUAUUCCCACGAUGACAAGCCUGUCACCCUGCGGGAGUGGGAAUUAAGCGGGCGGGAAUGCUACGAGCGCAAAGCCCUUGUUGACGACGCAAACUCGAAGCGCAAACUCGGAGUGUAA